ACUCCUGACAUCUCACGCCAGCUCGCAUCGAUCGAUCUCCAGACAAGCUCCAUCCACCAUGAAGCUUUCCACCAUUAGCAUCGUGCUCUUCCUGGGCCUUGCGAUCGGUGCACCGAACCGCUUCCAGGGAGCAGGAGAAGACAUUGCUAGCCCUCUGGCACGACGCGGCUUCGGCUGCGGAGAAUGCGGCGAAUGCUGUAGGGCCAACGAACAUUGGGGUCCGAAAGACGGUGGUCAGACUUGCGGAUGCAUUCCCAACUAAGAGAGUCCGCCUUGCGGCAAUCUAGUUCAAUCCUCUCAGCCCGAAAUCGCAUGACGCUACUGAGGUUGCGGCGAGGACAACGAUACUGUUUCCAGCACGACUGAAUAACAUCGCUCGGGCAGCGGGAUUCCGAUGAGCUGGCGGGGAUGCACGCAUUGUACAAGAUCGAGGAAAGAACUGGAUGUCGUUACAUACCACAAGCUAGACUUUGCUCGGCUCCCAACUGCAUCAUUCGCCUUCGC